UUUCCUCAGCAAAGGAGGAAUGACAUUCUGACAGUAGUUAUGCUACGCCUCUUUGAAUUCCAGCUUCCUGAGUUCUAACUGCUUGCUAGGCUUCCAGACAGAGGCCUCUGUGGACCGACAAUGCCCUGUGUGAUGUCACUGGGCUCCGAGAGCCAGCCCGUGGUGGCCAGUUGAACAUUCUGCUGCUGUAAGGCAACCCAGCAUGAGCUAGCACUGCCUAGAACAUUACAUCUUUUCACCAUUCACAGGCCUGAUUUCACGUAUGACUCUGGUUGUCAAACAACUCUCAAAGCUGCCCGAGUGGCAACCCCACUGACAGGAAAUUGGAAUUUAAAAAUGUGAAAUCAACAAUGAAAAAUAUCAUAAUUCAGUGUUUAAUCUGUGGAUUCCUGGCCAUCGGGCUCUGGAUGGCUAUGUUACUUUUGUUUUUGCACCUUGAACAAGAGGACAUGCUGGAUAAAGAAACUGAGAAACUCCUAUACAAUAGGUCAUUUGGAAAAAAUGUGUACCAGCAAGCCAGCCACUCAAAGAAAAUUCUCAAAGGGGACAUCAUUAAUGACAGGGCUAUGUUUUCGGAUCCAGAGCUUAUCCAAGGACUGAGUCGAUAUGGAUUAAAUGUCAUUACCAGUAGAAGACUGGGCAUCGAGAGACAGGUGCCAGACUCCAGGAACAAAAUAUGUCAGCAGAAACACUACCCAUUUAAUCUACCCACUGCCAGCGUCAUCAUAUGCUUUUAUAACGAGGAAUUUAACACCCUGCUCCGAACAGUGUCAAGUGUGAUGAACCUCAGCCCGAAGCAUCUCCUGGAGGAGAUAAUUCUGGUGGAUGACAUGAGUGAAUUUGAUGAUUUGAAAGCCAAGCUGGACUAUCAUCUGGAAAUUUUUCGUGGGAAAAUUAAAUUAGUAAGAAACAAAAAGAGAGAGGGUCUCAUCAGAUCAAGAAUGAUCGGUGCCUCCCGUGCUUCAGGAGACAUUCUGGUGUUCUUGGAUAGCCACUGUGAGGUGAAUAGAGUCUGGCUGGAGCCCUUGCUGCAUGCCAUUGCCAAGGACCACAAAAUGGUGGUGUGCCCUGUUAUCGAUGUCAUCGAUGAGUUAACCUUGGACUAUGUCGGGUCACCUAUUGUAAGGGGAGCUUUUGACUGGAAUCUAAAUUUCAGAUGGGACGAUGUUUUCUCAUAUGAGCUGGAUGGCCCAGAAGGACCAAGUACACCUAUCCGGUCGCCUGCAAUGUCAGGAGGAAUCUUUGCUAUAAACAGACAUUAUUUUAAUGAACUUGGACAGUAUGACAAGGACAUGGAUCUUUGGGGAGGAGAAAAUGUAGAACUUUCGCUAAGAGACUGUCUGGUGACACACAGAAGUUCAUGCAACAGAUGGCGGGGCUCAGGAAAACACUCAUUAGGACCAUCUGCAUGGUGAAGAAAACUAAUAAGAUAUUUUAAAUCUAUGUGGGUCCUUUCCUGAUUAUCUUGCUAGUUAUAUUCUCCCUUUUCCUGUUUGGUAUUUUUAUUUCCUCUCCUUUCUUCCCUUCUUUCCCCUUCCUUCUGCCCUUUCCUCCUUUUCCUUUCUUUCUGGUAUCUCGCCAUUUUAGUCAUUGUGUUCAUGAAGAGACCCAGGAUCAACCUCAGGUAUCAUUCCCUAGGUUUUGGCUGCCUUUUUUUUGAGACAGUUUCUCGUUAGACUAGAACUUGCUUUUUAGGCUAAGGCCAGUGAGCCCUAGGAAUCCUCCAAAAACCACCCUGUUUUUUCUUCUUUAAAGUGGGUUCUGUGGAUGGAGCCCAGAUCCUCAUGCUUUUGUGGCAAGUACUUUACUGACUGAGCCCUCUGGCCAGCCCUAUUUUAUUCAUUUUUGUCCUUUUCAGUCCAGGCUUCAUAGACUUGCUGUGUAUACACAGAUACCUCAGCAAAUGUCUUCUUCUUCAAGCUUCUACUUGGAAUCCUACAAGGUGGUAGACUGUGAGAGGAAGCCUGGGAAGAUUGAACUAAGGCUAGAAGCCCCAGAGACCCUGAAGGGAUAGUAGGAGCUUUGCCUGCUCCCAGCACCAGGCCCCUGUCACGUAGUCACAGCCCUCCAUAGAGAGAUUUGUGGCCAUCAGUCACAUAGGGGCAAUGCCCCAAGCCCUUCCUCAUGUAGAUGAGGCAUCCCUAAUAUCUCAGACCAAGCCAAUAGGGAGCACCCACUGUCAGACCCCAACCCACCCCAAAACUGUAUAUGAGAUCCUAUCCAGGAGGAACAAAGGUGUGGACCUCUGAUUUCAAGGCCAGCCUGCUCUACAAAAUGAAUUCCAGGACAGCUAGGGAUACACAGAGAAACCUGAAACCUUGUCUUUAAAAAACUGAAAAAAAUCAAACCAAAAUCAACUAACCAAACAACCACAACAAAGAGACAAACAACAGCAGCAACAAGGGACUGAAAGAUCAUGGCUACAAAUGGCUCCCAUGGCUGACACCGCUGAUGGUACUAUUAAAGUCCAGUCACCAGGAGACUAUCUCUCCAGGGAUCUGCUCAAGUUCAAUUCAGUCAAUAAAGGAGUUCACCUUCCUAGAAAAGCAGUGCCACAGGCCAAGUGUUCAGAAGAAAUCACAGCCCUGCCCUUCCUUCAUGCCGCAGUGUUUUCUGAGGACUGCAGCAGUCCCCUAUCCUAUGACCAAGACACCUGACAGACUGACUUCGAGGUGUUAUCUAGGCUCACAGUGUGAGCACACACGUCUGUCAUGAUGGGGAAGAACUUGCUCUGGCUGGUCGUUCUGUAUCCAUCCUCAGGAAGCAGAGACAGAUGAACUUUUGUUCAGCGCACUGUUUUCUGUGCUGUCCAGAACCCCAGUCCAUGGGAAAGUGCAGCCCGCUGUUAGGGUCUUCCUACUGCAAUAAAUCCAACCAAGACACUCCCCACAGAUGCGCCUACAAGAUUUUAGAUCCUGCCAAGUCCACAACCUAAUCAAUCAUCAUAAGGACACGGAGCAGUGUUAAAUACAGCAGUGCGCAGUGUAAACGUGAUGUCUGAUGUCAUGGCCUUCUGUUCUGUUGGGGUACAGCUAUUUAAUUUUCCUUGGAUAAACAGUGGAGAAAUGCAGAGUACUCUGUGGUCAUAUUAAAGGGGGACUGAAUCAUCUUUUUCUUGGGAUGGCUCCUGAAGUAGUUUGACAUCCAUCUCAAGGAUUUGAAGGAUUAAAUUUGUGUGGUUUAUUGGAUGGGUUCUUACACACAACCCACAUUGCUGAAACAUUUUACAGAUAUUAACUCAGUCCUUACUGAUGUGCACUGCCACGAUCUCUCUUAAACAAGAAAACAAAGACACAGAGAACUUAGACUACUUCCCAACUUCACAAAAACAGUGAGUACUAUGCUUCCUGCCUUAUGUAGACUCAGUUUCUGGUCCUGGGGCUCAGCUAGCACAUCUCUACUGUUCUCAGUUCUCGAAGACACGUGUGGGAGAAGCCUUCAGUGCCCACCUUCUGCUUUGGUUGCUGACUUCUAUGGUUGUCACAGAUCAGGGAGAGGAGUGGUUCACCGAUGCCCACAUGGCUAUGCUUCACACCCAGCCCUCGAAUGGUUCCCAAAACAGCUUCAGACUUUUGUGGCUUCACAAUCCUGGUUGGCACUCAAUGGGCCUUGACCACGUGAAGUCUUAGCUUGCUCAUUUUCCAGUACCAGAUCUCUGUCCCGGCAUCCCUCUAUACUGCCAUGGGACAAGGUAUGCUACCAAACACUGAGACGCCUCGACCUCAGUGGAAUCCUGUCUCUCAGCCUCAUCCCCAAGACUGAACCUCUUUUUUGGUUUUGAGACAGGGUUUCUCUGUGUAGUCCUUGCUGUCUUGGAACUUGCUAUGUAAACCAGGCUGGCCUUGAACUCAGAGAUCCACCUGCCUCCAGCCAAAGUCCUAGUCAAGAUCACUAAGCCUGUUAGAGUCUCUGAUGUGAAAACAACCAUCUGUGCACUACAGAGUUCUCAUACACUGACUGAUGAGGGCGUAAGCAGAUUUCCAACCCUUUCCUCUUAAUAAUGGGUUUUUGAUUCAUCUGCUCAGAAUUUUAAUUGCUAAGGAUAUUAGGAAUUAGUCAGCUAUCAUCUCAGUGUCAGUUAUGCUGUGUAACAAAGCACCUCUGAGAGGAAUGAUGUAAAUUGUAACACUUAGCUUUCCCUUGCAUAUGCUCUCAGGACGACUCAGAAGAAGCUGACUGGGUUGGGCUUUAGUUUCUGGCUUAGUUGAGGUCUUGAGUUAUGUCCAUGAGCAGCUGCGAUGUGGAACAUGUUCUUCUCACACUGAACGGCAGGAAGAUAAAAGUCAAGCCAGACCAGCUCCUGUAGUUCUGAUGUGGGCAGACAUUCUCCUGGCCAAGGCCUAUGAAACACAAGUCCACAAUCAGUGUGUCCUCAGACCCAAGAUGAGGAAAAGUGAGAUGAAAUGUUUACUGACUGGGAUUUGAAUCUGCACUCUGAGUUUGUGGAACUAAGUCAACGUAAAACUGAUGACAAUGUAAGAAGUACUUUCCUCGUGUUAGGAAAGAGGUAGUGCCUUGUUUGUCAGUGAACUUUGGUCAGUACAUUGUAAAUGUAUGUGGAAAACUGCAUCAAAAUGCAGAAGCUUAAAACCACAAGCAAUUAUUCCUCUUAAAUGUUGAUGUUGCUAUAGCAGCCCUGGUCUUGGCUAGAAUGUCUGAUUUCUACAGAUGUUGCUGCCUCUCUGUUCACCGGGAGCCCAUCCGAAUGCCUUCCGUCAUAUGACUGGCUCAGUACUGUCUGACACCCACGUGGCCAUUUGCCAAACAGGCUGGCCCAGGCUCACUGACCCUGAAGGGGUUAAAGAGAAAAUGUUACAAGAAGGAUCCAGAUCCAAGGAACUGCAAGCACUUUUCAAGCAUUCUGGACAAGCACGCUCCCAACUGGUGUCCUCCCUAGUCCUGUUUCUUGUGUACUUUAGAUUUGCUCUUAAAGGGGGACAUCCAUUUGGAUAUACCUGUGCUCACUACGUAGGAAUGGCCACAACUCUUCCUUUAUCUUCUAGUUUAAAGUCCUGUCAGUGCUGGAGUAUGUUCUUUAGGGAUAAGGAGAUCUGUGAGCAACCUAGUGAUAUGGUUCAGUUGCUAGAGUGUGUGCCCAGCAUGCACAAAAUCUUGGGUUCAACCCCCAACCCAAGGCACAGUGGCACACACGUUAUAAUCCCUGAACCUCCAGCAGGAGGAUCAGAAGUUCAAGUUCAUUCUUACCUAUAUAGUGAUUCUGAGGCCAGCCUUGGCUACAUGCUCCUGUGUCAAAACAACAAAGUAAAACAAAAGGAUAAACAAACCGUUAUCUGGGUCCUAUAGAAAUUGGGCUAAAAUCUGCCACUUUCUUCAACUUGUUUCUUGACAAAGUUUUUGAAGGAAAUUUUUAGUUUUGUUCCCUAUUUUCUUUUGACGUCUGUUUACUGUUCUGUACAUAUAGCCAUAAUCUCUUGAAACCAGCGAAUGUCUCAAACAAACAGAUAGAAAAGGGGCCGGAGAGAUGGCUUAGCAGUUAAGAGCACUGGCGGCUCUUCCAGAAGACGAGGAUUCAAUUAUUCAAUUCCCAGCAACCAUCUGGCAGCUCGCUACUCACUGUAAUUCCAGUUCCAGGGCAUCCAAUGCUCUCUUCCCGCCUUUGCAGACAAAAACACAUAUGAAAAAAAUGCUCGGGGGCUGGAGAGAUGGCUUAGUGGUUAAGAGCACUGACUGCUCUUCCGGAGGUCCUGAGUUCAAAUCCCAGCAACCACAUGGUGGCUCACAACCAUAUGUAAUGAGAUCCGAUGCCCUCUUCUGGUGUGUGUGAAGACAGUUAUAGUGUACUCACAUAUAAUAAAGAAAUGUUUAAAAAGUUGGAAAAAUUGGUAUUCAUGGUAAUUAUAAAAAUGUUACUGUUUACCACAUUAACAAUGUAACAGCUUUUCAAGUUUCCUUAGUUUUCUUUUAAAAA